AUGCUGUCUAUAUAUAUAGGUGUUUACAAGGCAUUGUAUGAUUACACUGCUCAGGCAGAAGAAGAAUUGAGUAUAAAAGAAAAUGAUCUUUUAUAUUUGUUAGAAAAGUCGGAUAUUGACGAUUGGUGGAAAGUGAAGAAACGGGUUGUCGCAACUGGAGAUGAAAUUGUUGAUGAACCUUCUGGUUUAGUUCCGUCUACUUACAUCGAGGAAGCCCCUGUAAUUAAAACAGCUACUGCAUUAUAUGAUUAUGACAAACAAACAGAAGAAGAACUUUCAUUCAAUGAAAAUGACAAAUUUAAUGUAUUUGAUCUCAAUGAUCCGGAUUGGAUUUUAGUUGGUGAUCUAGCAAAGGAGAAGUUUGGUUUUGUUCCAGCAAAUUAUAUUCAACUUGAUUCAUCAGAAGCAGCAGCAACUACAGAGCCGGCACAAUUUCAGCAACAGCAGCAGCAGCAGCAACAACCACAACAGACUUUUCAACCACCUCCACAACAACAGCAGACUCAGAUUCCUAUUAACAAUUUUCCUCCACCACCUUCACAUAAAGAUAGAACACCGGAUUUCCCUGCACCACCUGUUCAUAAGGAUAGAUCACCAGAGCAUCCACCUCCAACUCCUGAAAAAGAUUAUCCUCGUAUGCUUGAACAAGAGCCUAGAUCCUCGGCUACUAGAUAUCACCAAGAACCAGAACGAAGAGAAGGAGAAGGGGAAGAAGAAGAAGCACCCCCACCAAUGCCAUCUAGACCAACUGCGUCUAGUAUUGUGGCACCAGCACCAGUUGUGGGCCGUUCGAAUACUUAUGAACAAGAAGAAAGCAUUGAACAGAAUGAACAUUCAUAUGAUGGAGAAUUUUUCACUUGGUAUAUUGACGAGGUUGAUGGUAGAAAGAAAAGAGCAAUCAAACUCUCAAUUGGUCAAGGGCUAGUAAUCAUUAAACCAAAUACUACGAACCCUAAGAAAUUGAGGAUGAGAUCUUCGUCUUCUCUUGACAACCAAUGGAGAAUUAAAGACUUGAUUACUUUUAAUAACGAGAAGAAACACGUAUUUUUAGAAUUUAAGAAUCCUGCUGCAUCAUUAGAGUUACAUGCUGGGUCAAAAGAUGUUGCUGAAGCCAUUAUGGCAAUCUUGGGUGAUUUGAAAGGUGCAGAAGCUGCCCAUGGUUUGAGAGAGGUUGCUAAAGCUUCGAAAGCAAGUGCCAAUGAAAGCAAUAGAAAAAUAGGUAGAUUGCUCUACGAUUUUGAGGCACAGGGUGACGAUGAAUUGGAUUGUAAAGAAGGCGAUGAAGUUUAUAUUAUUGAUCAAAAGAAAUCCAAAGACUGGUGGAUGGUAGAAAAUAGAGAAACUCGCCGUCAAGGUGUUGUCCCAUCAACCUAUAUUGAAAUAGUUAGCACAUCUAAUUUGGACAAAUUGACAGAUGGUCCAUUGAGAACAAAAUCCACUAAAUCAAAGGGAAGAGUUGUUGAAGCAAAAGACAAACGCAGUUCCCAUCAUAGAAGUAGAGAAGAACGUGACAGAAUCAGAGAAAAGGAUAGAGCUCAAAGAGAUAAAGCUUCUUCCUCACAAGCUGAACAAGACAAAUCAAUGCCAAACUUCCAUAGAGUAAGAACUUGGAUUGAUAGUUCCGGAACUUUCAAAGUUGAGGCCGAAUUUUUAGGAUGUGUUGAAGGUAAGAUUCAUUUACAUAAGACAAAUGGUGUUAAGAUUGCAGUUUCUGCUGACAAGUUGUCGGUUGAAGAUCUUGAGUAUGUUGAAAGGAUUACUGGUACUUCUUUGGAGCAAUAUAAGGAGCAAGUAAUGAAACAGCAAGCAAAGAGAGCAAGAUCGAAGAGCAAAUCGGGUGCUACAGCGACUACAUCAGGUUCCAACGACACCAAAUAUGCAUCAUCGGCAACUGCAGCAAUAAACGACAUUGCCCCACCUAAACCCACAAGACCACAAACAACAACACAAGUGUCUAAUAAUGGCGCUCCAUUGUACGACUGGUUUGAUUUUUUCCUUGAAUGUGGUGUUGAUAUUGGUAAUUGCCAACGUUAUACCCUCAAUUUUGAGCGUGAACAGAUGGAUGAAAAUAUUUUAGAAGACAUUUCACCAUCCUUAUUGAGAACUUUAGGGUUAAGAGAGGGAGAUAUUAUACGAGUCAUGAAAUAUUUGGAUGCAAAGUUUGAUCGUAAGAAAACACCAGAAGCACCACAACAGAGUGGUGGCUUGUUUAUUGACAAGAAUGGUAAUUUGAAAAACAACAGCUCUUCCACUGAAAUAUCCAAGGUGUCAGCAGAUGCCUUGCCAUCUCCUGUUAAGACUCAAGUCACUUCUUCCACUCCAGUAACCGAAUCCAGUCAGAAUAACAACAAGAUUGAAGAUGAUGCAUGGGCAAUGAAGCCUGCUGCAAGAUCAAGCGAAGAUCUUCUCAAACCAUCUCCACAACCACAAACUCCUCAAUACACAGGGGCUUUGUCUGACCUUGUCAACAUCAAGCCUGUUGGAACCAGUAAUGAAAACAAAAUCAAAACAGAGCAGUCACCAGCAGCACCAGCACUCCAACCAACCAAAACUUCAAACACUACUGCCACCACUUCUUCUAUUCCUCCACAAGGCUCCAGUGUAACGCCACAAAGAACAGGUACUUUAGUUCCAGUUCAAAAGACAGGUGGGUUAGUACCUGUACAAAGAACUGGAGGUGGAUUAGUGGCUGUACAAACUGGUGGUUAUUUGCCUUCUCAGCCUACCGGGUUUGUUCCAAUCACUGCUCAACCUACUGGUUUUAUUCCAAUUCAAGCUACAGGAAUUUUGCAGCCACAAUUGACAUUUGGUAUUGUUCCCUUGCAAACAGGCACAACUACUUUCAAUGCAAAUAACAAGACUGCACCACCAAGACCAGAGACUGCCCCUCCUCCAAUCACCACUUUUGGACAGCAACCUACAUUCCAGCCUGCAUUUGUUCCAUUACAAACAGGUGUUAUAACUAUGCCUCAGACUACUUUUGGUGGUCAACAGCAACAGUUGCCAAAUCAAAUUACUGGAGGUGCACCACCGCAAACAUCCUUUAACCAACCUGCAUUAGUUCCAAGUCAAAGAACAGGCGGUCAAAUUACUGGUGGUUUUGUGCCACAAUCGAAUUUUGGUAAGCAAAUUACUGGUGGAUUUAUGGACAGUAAUACAUUGUCGUUGGGACAACAAAUCACUGGAAACGCACCACCACCACCAACGACUUCAUUUGGGCAGCAAAUUACUGGGGGGUUACCAACAACCUCUUUUGGACAGCAAAUUACUGGAGGUUUCCCACAAACAUCGUUUGGUCAGCAAAUCACUGGUGGAGCACCACAGACUUCUUUUGGCCAACACAUUACUGGUGGAGCUAUGCCGAAUACCUCAUUUGGUCAGUCAUUUUCUCAACAAGCUACGUCUAACCCAUUCCCUCAAAUGGCAAAUCAAUUUACACAACCACAACAGCCACAACCAGUAAUGAACCAAUUUCAACCACAACCACAAGUACCACAACAACAACCUUACUUCAAUCAAUUUCAACUGCAACCUAACCUCAAUCAAAUGACAAAUAUGUUUCAGAACACUUCUAUAUCUUCCCCUGCUACGUUCAAUCAACAAAUUCCAACAACAACUUUUGGACAACAACCUCAAUUUGAAGGAUUUGGAUCACAACCAUUACAAUCACAACCAACUGGUAUGGGUUUUGGAAAUGCACCGUUACAAUCACAACCUACAGGGAAGAGAGCUAAUUUACAAGCAGCAACACCAGAUAAUCCCUUUGGAUUCUAA